AUGACCUCCCCACCUGAGAUUGCACUGCGUCUUCAGACUGUCAAGUAUCUCAAGAGGUUGGCGGUCUUGGUCUUUGACUACUGUAUCAAACUAGAAGCCGAGAUCGACCUCACUUGGGGGAGAAGGUGGGAUUUUAUUCGGAUCCUUUUCGCGGUGGCUCGAUAUACACCUUUUGUAGACGUCCCAGUGGACUUGAUUUAUUCUCUUGGACCCACGUCAUCACAAGUUGACGUACACGUUAUGGGGAAGAAACAGAGUGUUACUUGUUUCCCUACUACUACUUGCGCUGGUAAAUACAUGCCCACAAUCGGCGAUAUCCAUCUCAGUCAUGACAUCUUGCAGGGCUGCAUCGCAGGAUCUGCGGUGGUCGGUGCCAAUGCUUUAUCGUGGUUUCAAUACCAGGAUCCCCCACUAGCAACUUCUGGUUGUUAUCAAAGUCAAAGAAUUGCGAUAUAUGCAGUUGACUAUGCCCUGUUGGUUCUGUUUGAGACAGUCAUACUAUGUCUCAAUGUUUUUCAAGCCUGGUAUCGCCGAGGACGACAGGGGAGCCGUCUCAUUACGCGUCUGUACUGGGAUGGUAUAGUUUAUGUGUUGUGUAUACUAGCCAACAUCAUAGUUAUAGGUUUCCUUCCGUCGGAAUAUGCAGAGUCUCUCAACACACUCCAGUUGGUGUUUCACAGCGUUUUAUCCUCCCGCCUUCUUUUCAACUUACGAGCCAUCAUGCAACAACAGCAUGAGCAAGCCAUCUCCGAGUCAGUUAUGGAGAUGGUCUCGGGUGAUCAGUUCGGAUCUGAUGUUUCCUCGCGCUAA